GUGCCAUUCACGACAAAAUGGCGAACCGAACGGCAACAGAAGCCCAAAACAUCCAUGGCACAAAUCCGCAGUUUCUUAUUGAAAAAAUCAUUCGGACCCGAAUUUACGAUUCACUCUACUGGAAAGAAUCAUGUUUCGCGCUCACGGCCGAAACACUCAUUGACAAGGCAGUGAACUUGACCUCUAUAGGGGGACAAUACGGAAACCAGAAACCCACAGAGUUCCUGUGCUUGGCGCUCAAGAUGCUCCAGCUGCAGCCUGAAAAGGAAAUUGUGAGAUUGUACAUACAGAAUGAGGACUACAAAUAUUUGCGAGCUUUAGGGGCGUUUUAUUUACGAUUGACGGGAACCGCUGUGGAAAUAUAUCAGUACCUGGAACCAUUACUUCUCGAUUAUCGGAAAUUGCGACGAAGGAACAUUUCGGGAGAAUUCGAAUUAACCCAUGUUGACGAGUUUGUGGACGACCUUUUGCGUUCAGAGCGCGUAUGUGAUACCAUCCUACCUCGUAUAACCAAGCGACAUAUUUUAGAAGAGAAUGGGGAUCUGGAACCUCGUCUAAGUCCCUUGGAGGAGGAUUUGGAGGACGAAGAGAUUGCUGAGGACUCUGAGGGAGAGAUUACAUCUGAGGGAGAAAAAAUGGACCAGUCGAGAAGGACGGAGGGCGAUCGCAAAUUGCGAACUAGCUCGCGGGAACGUCAUGAUCACAGAGAUUCAUAUAGAGAUUCUAAAGAUCGAGAUCGCAGAAGAGAUCGAAGGAGUCACAGUAGUAGUCGUAGCCAUAGUCGCAGUCGCAGUCGAAGACGGGACAGAUAUUCGUCCAAACGUUCAAGUCGCGAUCGAGAUCGAGAUCGGUCCCGGUCUAGGUCACGGACGCGAUCAAGAAGCCGCUCCACACACCGCCGCAAUCGUGAAACCUCGCGUGACAGAUACCGUCCCUCACGCCGCGAUCGUAGCAGGAGCCGGGAAAGGAGUCGCGACCGUCGAGAUAGAUACAGCGACUAUCACCGGGGGAGCAGGGAGGGUGAGCGAUACCGUCGUGAUGAUCGCAGUCGCGGUAGUCCGGAGGAACGCCGCUCACGGGAACGAGAAGACAAUGAAGAAAGUCGGGCGGUACCCGAAGGCAUCAAAAAGAAGCCAUCGGUGUCUUCAAAGAAGGUUAAUGCAUUGUUCAAGAAAACAGCGGUUCAGGCUGGUGAACCUAAAAAAGCCGGAAAGGAAGGAGGUGGAGGCGCAUCAGAGUCCCUGAGUGUGGAGGAGACAAAUAAGAUGAGAGCGGCUCUGGGUCUGAAACCGCUCAAGAUGUAGUCUCGUAAUGCUGUGGACAUGUGCAAAGAUAUCGAAUCAGAUGUUUGGCAACCCCACUCCCGUCCUGCUGUUAUCAUAAAACGCACCCCCGUCGGAUAUGUAUAGAAUCUGACAUGCUGUAUUUUUGUCGCAACAAUCAUAGCGAUCUAUGCACGCAAAGCAUGGCUCUGCUCCAGAUGCACAUCCACCUACCCAUUUUUCUACAUCACCACUAUACUACACGUUAAGAAGUAAACAAAUAUGACAGAAAUAAAAGAUACUAGGAAUAUUCUACGC